AUCAAACUAAUCAUUAAAUUACUUGCCAAUUUGCCGACCAUCGUAAGGAUCUUCCUUGAUCGCCGUUGCCACAGGGCACUGCACUCGCCGCAACCCAUGUCCACCGCUGGUUCCGCCACCGCCACACUCUUGACCCCGACGUUGGACUCUGAAUCCCAAGCCUUGCUUCAAUCCAUCACUUCCCAUGGCGGCUACGCCUAUGCCCGCAUGGCGUCGCUUGCAGCUUCCGGCGACCAACGCGCAGCCGAGGUGGCGCGUGAGAUGGCCUGGGAGCAGCUCCAUUCUGGGCCCUGGCACUCCGUGCUCCCCGUUUGGCGGGACGCUUAUUCCAUGGCCUGCCUUUAUGUCGCCAAGUUUCACUUCUCCAAUGGGGAGUUCAAGGACGCGCUUAGGGCUCUGGACAUGGGCAUCAUCAUGGGAGGCCCCUUGCUUAGGAAAGACUUAGACUCUGCAAUCGAAGUUGUUUUGGAAGCCAAAACAGGGCGGCAGAAUGACAAAGCUGCUAUUCGGAACGAGGGUCCCCGAAAUUCUGGACGUCCGAAGCUGCUUUGCCCGGAAAAUUUUGAUAAGUCCGAGGUACUUAAGGUUUUACCAGUCAGGUCAUUGUCUUGUAAGAUUGUGGUGAAGAGGUCCGCCCUUUCCUUGGAGGGAUUUCUACAUGAAUAUUUUCUUUUAGGUUCUCCAGUCAUAAUUACUGAUUGUAUGGCUCAUUGGCCAGCCAGAACAAAGUGGAAUGACUUGGAUUACCUAACAAGGGUUGCUGGUGAUCGUACAGUUCCAGUUGAGGUUGGGAAAAAUUAUUUAUGCCCUGAGUGGAAGCAAGAACUUAUUACAUUUUCUCAGUUUCUUGAGAGGAUCCAAUCUAAUGAUUGUUCUUCUGCAGUUCGCACAUAUCUUGCACAACAUCAGUUGUUUGAUCAGAUAAUUGAGCUACAGAAGGACAUUUGUAUUCCUGACUACUGCUAUGCUGGUGGUGGGGAGAUAAGGUCUGUAAAUGCGUGGUUUGGUCCAGCUGGGACAGUAACACCAUUGCACCAUGAUCCACACCAUAAUAUACUUGCACAGGUUGUUGGCAAGAAGUAUGUAAGACUGUAUGCUGCAACAUUGACUGAGGAGCUUUACCCAUACUCUGAAACAAUGCUUAAAAAUUCCAGCCAGGUCGAUCUAGACAACAUAGAUGAGGUAGAGUUCCCAAAGGUGCAUGACUUAGAAUUUCUGGACUGUAUUUUAGAGGAAGGGGAAAUGCUUUACAUCCCCCCAAAAUGGUGGCACUACGUGCGAUCCCUUACGCCAAGUUUUUCAGUCAGCUUCUGGUGGAGCGGUUCUGCCAGUCCAACAGCAUCCUGACCUGAUAGCCUAAUUCUUUCCGGGUUCUGUUCUUUUUAAAGAACCAGGCAUUAUAUCAGAAACUAAGCUGAUAAAAAUUCUUACACAGACAGAAUGAGAACGGUGAUAGUGUAAUCUUAUGUAUGCAUAGAUAUAUGAUAGUAUAUGUACUCAAAAGGAAAUCCUUAGAAUGCAAGAAGUAGACAAUUUUGAGGUGUAUUUUGAUUUUAGAAAUUGCUGUAAUUUGAGGAAUUGCUGUUUAUUUAUGAAAUCUUUGAGAUGAUUAUGAACCUCUUUGUCCAUGACAGUGAAGUGUCAAGUGGUCGGCGUGAAGCACAAGUAAUGUUUGUAUGCCUUCCUUUCUUACAUUUAUUUUUUACAUUGUUUGGACUAAUUGU